AUGGCUCGAUUGAGGACAGAAGACUCCGCGUAUUCCGUGUUUAAAGGGGCUAUCGUCUCGGUGUUUAUCGUCCUGAGUCUCAGUAUCCAAUGGAUCUACGCCGCAUCGCUAGCAGAAGACUGGUACCUUUCAACCCGCUGCAACGAAGGAUCUUCAUCUACUUCAUGUCGAAACUACGAGCGCUGUAAAGUGACCCACCGUUGUGCUCGAGGAGACGAAGACUACGACAUCAAAGCCACCGAUUUGAAGAGUUAUACGAGAGAGUUCGGCGGUGGAGAGCGAGAACUAAUUGCUCUCAUGAACGACUUUGAGGACUGGAAGACGGGUACGCACCAUUGGCGAUUCCAGCAAAGGGUGAACUCUACAGUUAGCAAUGAUGAUAGUAUGCUGGAACCGAAUGCGUGGAUCGGGUGGGACACGCUCGCGUUCCCCGUGAUUGGGUCGCUGGAACUGGCCUCGGGUUAUUUAGUAUUUGAUACAGAUCGAGCUGAACUGCGCGGUGACGUCCAACUGGAUGGAGUUGUGACGACUACGCGGCUUGGUGGCACUUCGGUCGCGGUGUUUAACUUUAUGACUGUAUAUAUUGGUAAGGGUGUGCGUGUACGCUUCCAAGGCAGUCGAGCGAUUGCCAUUUUGAGUCGAAGCAGCUUCCUUGUGGAUACAGAACUGCGUGUUCGACCUGGUACGCUUGGUGGGUUCGCUGGAGGUGGCUUUAUCGGCUCUGAUACGAAUUCCCCUGGCGUGAAUAACAACCAGAAUGGACCAGGGAGUUCAAGUGUUCGCGUAUACGUGAAGACACUGUCAACGUGGGGCAAACACGUGCCUGAAGUUCAGGAGAUUGAGACAUCAGCUGCACACGGACAAACGAUUCAAGGACACUUUAUACUUCGCUAUCCAAGCACUAAAAGUGCAGGUUUAACAACAGGAACGAUCCUGUAUGAUGCGACUGCAUUGGAUAUACGACGUCGACUUGAAACAGCGUUCCCAGAUAUUGGAGAGAUCAACGUCCAGAGAGACGACACACUCGAACAAGUGCCAGAGAUCGGUCGCUUGUGGCGCGUGACGUUCUUGUCCGCAGUAGGAAAUGUUCCUCAGCUUCAGGCUCAGAGUUUUUUGGCCGGCUUAGAGUCGAAGGUUGUUACUCGAACGAUUGUUAACGGCAACGAGCUCUCCGGCUCGUUCCGACUGAGCUUUCUCGACAGUGUAACUCGCCCUCUGGCACAUAACACCACAGCGGAUGAUCUUCGAAAAGCUCUACUCGAAGAUCUACCUACACUAAUUGACGCUCGUGUGACGCGUACGGAUGCAAAUGGCCAAUGCUUGCAAGGAUCUACGCUCGCCGAUCAAACCGCUAGCUCGUCGGUCACUCCGUUCGACCCAAACGCCGACCAAGGACUUUAUCGAUCGUCAGAGUGGCAGGUACUGGAAGACGACCUUGUCGAGGUCUUGGAUAGCACGAAGAAUUACGUAGCUAAGCGUUGUCGUGCUGGUCGUGGAGCUGCUGGAGGGUUCGUGUGGAAAUUACAGUUCUGGACUCGAGAGGGGAACAGAAUAUCGAUGACUCCGUCGUCUAGUUCCAUGGUGGAGGUCGAGCCUCCAACGGCUAUGACGGUCGAUUACUCAAAGCUUGAAGGACUAAACGCAGUAGCUGAGGUCGUCAACUCUCAGUGUUUUUCACUCGCUUUUGGUGGAGCUGGAGCUUCGUUUGCUAGUCCCGGAGGCUUCGGAUAUGCUGAAUCCACUUGGGUGGCACCACCUUACGUCGACGAGUUAGUGACUGAUCUCCUAGGAGGAAGUGGAGGUGCUGGAGGCGGAAAAGAACCAUUCGACGUUUUCCCAGUGGUUCAGCCAACUCAAGGUGGCGCUGGUGCCGGGGCUAUUAUGCUCUCAGCGAUCAACGAUAUCCUCAUUGGCCCCAACGCGAUCAUCUCAGUGAAUGGUGGGGACGGCAGCUCAGGCGUCACACCGGGAGGUGGUGGCUCUGGUGGGUCGUUGUUAAUAGUCAGUGGCGCAACUGCAUCGAAUCAUGGAGUAUUGGAAGCUAUGGGCGGUCAUGGAGGACACGAGCUUAUGGUUGGUGUUGCUGGAGGGGGUGGAGGAAGUGGGGGACGAAUUGCUAUCUACGCACAAACUUACUCGUCCUGGGGACAAGGAAGUCUGCAAGUGAGUGGUGGGGCUUCCUCUGACACUUCAAGAAGUGGUGGUCGAGGGUCUGUUUACGUUAAAGUUCGUAGUGAGUUGGCUAUGCGAGUUGAUGCUUCGAUGGGGGCUGCUGGUACCGCCAAAUCUCUUCUUGUUCAUGGUAGUGAAAGGUACGCCAGUGGCUCGUUGUAUUUGUCAUCAGAAACACGCCAAGUAUCUCGCAAUGGACCGCGUUUUGUGCUGUUAGAGCCUACCCAACCAACUCGCAUCUCAUACUUCGUUCGAGUCGGUAAUCUCGAGCGUGGCACACUUGAUACAAACCGUGGAGCAGUCUUUGGAAUCCAUAGAAGUGACGUUGCCGCAACGAACGGAGAAAUAAUGAUCUCAAUUGCGCUAGUAGAUGGCAGCUUUACUCACGAAGCCAACACGUUUCAAUGGCCUCGUCAUGUUUUCCAGGAUAAAAUACAAACCGAUCGUUGGUAUAAAUUGGACGUGACGCUCGACUGGGUGAAUCACAUGUACUCGAUCCGUCUGAACGAAGUAUUGAAAGUGAGUGGAGCCAAGUUUCAAGGCGAAAGUGUAGCUGCUAUAAGUCUGAACAAUCUCCAUGCUAUGUCGACAUGGUGGGACGAAAUUUACGUUGGAAAAGACUAUCUAUUGGGCUUCACGUGUCCUUGGGUCAAGAAAGUCACGGAUUCGGCAGCUGGAGAGAGUGAGGGAGCAGUUCUUACGUCUAAACGUUCGUGGCGUAAACUAUGGGCGGAGACAUACCAGAAGCCCUCAGCGACAACGCAUCAUCCUAUGGUUCAUCAUGAAAGUCACGUGUCGAGACAGGAAGUAUACAACCACGACAACGGCGGCAUUAUCCCGUUCGACGGCGCUCCACAUCGAGCAUUUUUCAACGAUAUUCGAGAGCAGGAGAGUGAAAAUCCGGAUCAAAGCAGCGACGAGGAGCAACAAGCGGAAACGUUGACUGGAAACGAGGGCGAAGAAGUUGUUUCUUUCGCCGAAUUGCUGACAAUCGAGGGUCUUCCACCUGAUAGAACGAUCGUAGAACCACUGGAAACCGGAAUCGAUUGGGAGGCUAGUGUUGGCGCGACGAGUGCUAACGAAGCAACACCAGAGUCUGAUGUUCCUCCACACCCGAGUGUGUAUUGGUACUCUGAGGUGUUUGAUGUAAGUACAGGCCGCGGAGGUAUUGGAGCGUGCUCAAGUGUCGACUACAAUGAAUGGCGUAACGAAGGUCUCAUGCUCCAUUUCUCGAACUUGACUGAUCCUUUUGGAGACCGUCUAGCAGACAGCGGCGGGCUAUUUGCUGAUCGUCCCAAGGUGAUUUUCGAUCGAAAUACUAAGCGCUUCGUUAUGUGGAUACACGUCGAUAGUGCUUCAGAAUCUACAGCCAAUACGAUGGGCCUUUCAGGAGUGGCAAGCAGUGAAUAUCCCAACGGACCCUUCACAUUUCUCCACAGUUUAUACCCAGAUGCAGCGCCAUUAGAAGCUCCAGGAGGACUGAGUAUCAACGAGACUCAUGAUCAAACAGUAGCGAUCAUACCAACAGUCAACAAACAAGACGCAGCCUACCUCAUUCGAACGUACUACAAGACUGUCGAGUACUGGUUACCUCGUCCUGUCAUGGACCCCCUUUGGCAGAGUGUACAGAAACCUAGUGAUACCAACGCCAGAGAAACAGUGACCGACUUCGGACUGAGUUACCACCGAGCAUUCCAUCACAUGGGGUACGAUGAUCCAACGGAUAUUUAUCUACAGCGAUGGAGGAUGGAAGACACGCCAUGGGAAGUCAUAUGCUGCUCUCUCACAAACUCGAGUGAUUGUGUCUCUGUCACGGAUGUACCGCAACGUCCUGAGGAUAUUUGUCCCUCUGGAAUGAAGAAGAAGACCGUUCUGGGUCAGGCACAGACUCAAUCUGCCAACUCUUCUGCGUCAGCAGUGGUGGAGACACGCUACAAAGACCCAAAUGACGACACUAAUAGCGCUUUUAUCCCUUCAUCUGUACCUUCCUACACCUCAUGGGGAUUUCAAGUUCAGAAUAUCAAAACGUGGCGAGGCAACUACUUCGACGCUCUCAGUACGAACAUCACGUUGUUCAUCUUCAAGCGCUUUGCAGGGGAACAUCGACGUCACGAGAUCGAGCAGGACCCGACGAUCGAGUUCACGUAUCCUAACGAGGAAGAGCUCACACAUGACACGAUUCCAGUUAACGAUACAGAGAUUCUGGAUGAACUAUUAGGCACUUUGGGUGUUCCUGUAAGUCUUGAAUUUAAGAGCAAAUAUUCGUCCUUUGAUCUGGCAGAGAUCGAUCAAGACAGUGACGGGAAAAUUACGUCCUACGAGAUCGCACAGCUCGAGAACCAGAAAGCGCUUAAGAAGCUCACGGCUGAGCUGGUUGAUGCGUUGAUCGCGGACUUUAAUGUCAUGAAAUGGGGACAAGUUGCCAUUCUAGACGCGGAUAAUGACGGGUUGAUAACGUUCGCAGAAUUCGAGAAGUGGCUGGGAGUUGACCCGAAUCUGCUUUUUGACCGCUUUGAUCUGGAUAAGAGUGGGUAUCUGGACGAGAACGAACUAGCUCGUUCACUAUGGUAUCGUCAAAUGCCGAGGCUGGAUGCCGCUAUCUUCGUGCUUGAUCCGUCAUUUGAUGGCCGGGUGUACUAUGACAGAUUCCGGUCGUUGUUGCUUCAAGCACCGGACUAUAUCUUUUCGAUGUAUGACUUUGAUAACUCCGACACACUGUCGGAGUUCGAGAUCGGUCUAAUGGCUAAAGAUCUCGGUACCGCUCUGGCUAAUCCAUCAGUACUAGAAGCAUUGAAAAACUCCACUACUAACAGCAUCACGAAAGCUGACUACGCCGCUUGGUUCAGUGCUACGACAAGUCUCGUCGAUGAUGCUCGCAAUAAGCUCAAGGUGGAUAACGCUGUCCACGCCACAGGUCCCGAUCGAUUGACAGGGCCGCUGCAUGUGGUAGAGCGACGACGUGCCAAGUACGUAGCUAUCAGCGCUCUCACAGACGACUAUCUCAGUACUCGAGGUCUGCUUCGAGAGAUCGAGGGAGACUUUGAAGGUCGUGAGGCGCUUCUCAACUUCUUCGCCUUCAGUGAAGAUCUCUUUGGUCUCACAGACGCUGCUGACGGAGCGGUGCUAGGUGACGAGAUCAAACCGUUCCGUGAGUUCUUGUCUUCAUCGAUGCUGCGUGAUCGCGCCUCGUACUGGAACGGCCGUCACUGGGAAGGACGUCCAUCGGCUCCACCGUUGUUUACUUACGGCUCGCAGUGCUUCCAGUUCGCUGGACUGGACGACUUCAUUGCCAACAUUGAGGUGAGUGGCUGUUUGCCAUGCCGCACGACGUCGCCGUACGCGACCGACAUGGUAGAUCAGUACCAAACCUUUGCACGGGAUGCAACGCAGUGCCAGCCACAGAAGGAGCUGGACGCGUACAUCAAAGAGUUCGACCAGCAAGUGUCGAUCCAAUUGCAGUAUCAACAGCAAGUUCAAUUUGGAGCCCAAGGACUGCAGCCGCAUAUGUCGCCGUGCUACAACCAGUCCCAGUUCUUCCCGUGCGACGUACAAAAGAUUUUGGAUGGUAAUGUGGCCGACACGCUUCGGAAUUGGACAGCGCGCGAGACUGCGUACAACUUGGCAUGGGAGAAGCACCCGAACAACGUUGGAUCGUCCGUCAAGAUCCGUGUUGACGACUACCAGCUCGAGUCCACAGGUCCGUCGUACAUCGAACGCUUCCCAUUGAGGCAGCGCGAACCGUUGAAUGCGGCUACUGCAUUGGAAAGCGUCACGACGUACGCGCCGGACCAACUUGCCGACGUUAUGGGCGGCGGGCGGUGA